UCGAACCAACCUGGUACUGUAUGGUUGUCCCACGUGCUUUUACAGUUUGUUGUCAUCCGGCUGUUAUCGUUGAGUCCCGAUAAGUUAGAAACUAUUUUGCUUUUAUCCUGCUUGUACAGUUAGCUUAAAAUGAACGGUAAAGAAGACGAAGAUUGUCUAUUUCUUGAGCACGUUUUGGAUAAACUUUAUGAGUUUGAUGAUGGACCAGCAUCAAAAAAGAAGCUCAAGUCUCAGAAGAAGAAAAAACGAAAAAGACCUGAGGAAGAGGAGGAGGAGGAAGAAGAAGAGCAGUUCCCUACAGUCAAGGAUAUCUGCAUUGACACUGAAGACAACAGAGCAGAUUAUGUUGGCACUGAACACCAGCAGCAACAACCGAAGAGUGGGGAAACAGGUCCAACCAUCCGGCAGGUGAGCCAGGUGGAGGUUGUGACAUUUCAGGACCCGAGAAAGAAACCGAAAACCAAGCAGAUGCCAGCCCCUGACAAAAUGCCUGCCCUUCAGAAGACAACAGAGACGAAGGAAAGCGACCCACUAGAAGAACUCAAUUUGGAAAAGGCUCGUCUUGAGGUCCAUCGGUUUGGGAUCACAGGCUAUAGGAAGGAGCAGCAGCGUGUUUUUGAACAGGACAGAGCUGUCAUGCUAGGAGCCAGACCUCCUAAGAAGGACUACGUCAACUACAAGAUGCUGCAGCAGCAGAUCAAAGAGAAGAAGCAGAAAGCAAAGGAGGAGGUUCAGCCGGACCUGAAGAAAAAAAAGAAGCAGAGUAAUCAAAGGGACAAGAAGAGAAAGGUGUCCGCUGGCUCUGGCUCUGGAUCUGGCUCGGCCCUCUCAGGUCAGGUGGGCCGCUUCAAGAACGGCAUGCUGAUCCUCAGCUCCAAGGAGAUCCAGAAAAUCAAAGGCAACAAGAGGCGCAAAUAGGUGAGCGAUUAAAUCCUCCAGGAUAGGAAAACAUACGCAGACCAGAGGAAGAACUGGCAUCCAAAACACCGUCAGUGGCUCAGCUUACUGCAGGACUGGAAGUAGAUGAGAGCCGAAAUACAACGUGAGGUGUAAGGCUGAUUUCCACAGGACUUGUCUGCAGUUAAAUAUAAGACGGUGUUAAUGGAGACAGACGGCUGAGUCAGAAUCCAAUUUACCGAUGGACCCUGAAUAUACACAGUGGCAGGACGUUAAUGCAAGAAACUGGAGACUGUAAAAUCAUAUUCCAUCACAGUUAAUUUAUUUUUGUUUUUAUAAAUGACCGAAAAACGAAAAAAAGACAUUUGCGUUUCUCGUGUUUUACACUGUAAAGGUUUUUAAAUUAUGCAGUUACAAUGCAUUUCUCAUAUACAAACCAUGAAGUUGUAUAAAACAUUUACAUUUAUAUUUAUAUUGGCAGGAAGGGAGGGGAUCAUAACAGUACAGAUGGGGGUAAUAAUUUAAAAAAAAAAAAAAACAAUGUACACACAAGUAAAGUUCUGGCAGACAUUUUCAUGAAGAAACACAUCAUACAAACAUGAGAAAGUAGUUUUUCUCCCUUUAUAAACCCUUACUGUAUGUACAUGACUUCUUCGUGCUAGUUGUAAACAUUACAGAUAUUUUACAGAAAAACAGUUUUUAAUGUCGUUAAAGGGAAAACCUAAAACGAUGGCUUCUGAGCGAUGAUGAUGGCGAAACAAGAGGUGUGAUCUGGCAGUGUGCGGCUGGGUGAGGUCACAACUUCUCACACCAUUUUCUUGAAGCAGCUUUUGUGUUAUUUAUACAUUUCAAAAAAGUAAGAGCAUGAGAAAAUAUGAAGCUUAUCUGCAGCGUGUGCGUGCGUGCGUGUGUGUGUUUGCCAACCCUUGGCAAUAAAUCAGUGUGUGUGUAUAAGUAGCCAUUCACUCUUAUACUUAACAACUUGAAGAGGGCAAUAUACAAAAGAAAAUAAAUAUGUAAUUAAAUAUAUUUACAUACUUUAUAGAGUACAUAAAGCUUCCAUUCUUUAAGUUAAAUAGCUAACAGCAGUGACAUGCUUUCUCCCCUGCACCAUAUGUUAAAUUAAAUCUCAUUCAUGGGUGGGUAAGGGUGGGGGUAAAGGGACAUGCCAUACAAGCAUUCUUACAAUACCAUAGCUAGACAGGAGUGACUACAAUGUUACUCAUUUUAAAUGUGAUUUCUUCCAUAUAAAGUAGUGUUUUGAUAUUCAUGUAAAAAAAAAAAAAAAAUGAAAGGAUAACCUCAUUUUACCCGAUAUGCUGUCUGACUGUCUGAACCUCCAUCUAACACCUUUUAGCUUUUAUCCCCUCCUGUGAUGAUUUCCACUGCACCAUUUUGACAUCCACACAACCCGCUGACAUGUAACCCCAAAUCAUCCAGACUUUCAGACAAAGCCCCUCUGGUUAUAUGAUAGGUGUUGCUCGUGGCCUUAAAAUCUAUUCCUAGUAAUGGCACGGUCAACUUCGGGGGCGGAUUUUGUCCUCUGGUGUGGUAGGACGAUCAGAGGGUAAGGCUGAGCAGAGCAGCCAGAAAGCCUCACCUUAAGUGGAAAGCUGACAGUCAAGACAUCAGGAGAAAUUCCCCUUUGGCAGAUUGUUAGAUAUUUGCUUUCUGGGUCGGGGGAAACUUCACAUCCCGACUUUGAGACUAAUGCUGCAUUCAUGUCAAGCAGGAAAUAUGGUAAAUCUAGGCGCUAGUUUCAAUUGGUAGACCAUAUACAGAAUGCCAAAUGAAAUUCAAAAAAAAUGCUUUCUAUUUGAUUUUAUGGCCUGAAUAAUUAGAAGCACUGAAAUGCUUAAUUAAUCCUGCAACAACUGCUUUUUUUUGGCACUUUGGGAGCAAACAAAACAGAUGUGGCAACGUUGACAUCACCUUUUAAGUAAAUAUGGUAAACUUGUUAGCAAACAGUUGCUUAUUUUUACACAUCCAGCAGACAAGGAGCAACAUUAGCUUAACAUUUGAGUUGUGUUUUUGGCCAAAAGACAAAUCUAAGUACAAUAUUUGCUCUCCCUUUAGCUCUGCUUUUGGUCCCCACCAACUACUCAUAAAUAUCUGUCUCUUUAGCUGCUAAAUGCUCCACUAUGUUCACCAGCUAGUCGCUAAAUGUGUCUGUCGGUUUAUUGCUCGACAGGAAGCGUACAGUGAGAAUGUUGGCCUGCUGCCUCUGAAAACACUGAUAUAUGAGACCAUCAGAGUUAAUCGAAACAGUAAAGUUAAAAGCCAGAAAACCAAGACGAUGAGCUGAAAGACACUAAAAUGCUCCAAACUGCAGGGUUUGGUGAUUAUUUUCCGGGUACAUGAUAAGAGUGAUUCACAUUACACUGAUAUCCAUUGUUAAUAAAAUAUAAAUGUUAAACAAUCUUUACCACAUAGAUUUGAAUGCAGCUGUAGGUGCAAAAAGCCAGUUAGAGCUUUUUGCAAACUUAAAUGGGAGCAUAAUAUACCUGCAGUUUGUAGUUCUGGGAUGUACAUUUUUAUAAAUUUAACAUUAUAGGUAACAGCUUUGAUUUAAUAAAUAAAUGCAUUAAGUAAAACAUACUAAAAUUGAAAGAUAUCUUAUUAUACUACUCUGAUGUUCUACAAUUAAAUAUAUUCUUUUAAAAAAAGGUAUAGGCUAACACAUUGUAUAAUGUCCCUGCUGUUGUAUUGAAAAUAGACCUCACUAAUUCCAGUAAGAAAUACCUCCUUUAACUUAUAGUGUUUCUGUCCAGUCACCUGGCAUAUUUAAAGUGUGUGUUGAACUGAGAAUUUAAAAGAAUACAGGUGUGGUAAGUAACUGCUGCCUGCAAUCAUAAUAAUUUGUACACCUUCAUAAAAACUUGUAAAAAUGUAAAUGACUGAUAUUUUAUGUCCCUGAUUAAAUGUUUGAAUAUCA